AUGGAAGUUGAAUUUAACGACGACGCAGAAGCCCGUCGCAGAUUUGAGUCCAGUCUUCCGGAAAACUGGGUCUUAUGCUCCUCAAAGACACACAGCGGCCGGUUAUACUACUUUAACUCGGUAACUGGGGAGAGCCGAUGGGAGCACCCCCUUAUACCUGACAUGGAUCCUCCGGUGAGUUUUAACAUUGCAAUCACACGACAUGUUACUAUCAUUUUCGUUUUUUUCAUUUCAGGAUUAUUGUCGUGGAGACGAGAGAGACGAGAGAUUUUUAUUUUGACAAAAUUGUCUUUAAAUGAAGCAUGGUUCGGAAAUUAAACGAAUUGUACAAAGCAAUCCGGAACCUCCUCGUGAGAGACCAUCUUCCUCCUCAACCACCAUAGAACUCUAAGAAAGAGCGUCUUCAAAUUUUUAAAAUUCGUCAAGUCUGAGCGAGCGAGAAUAUAGCUCCGUAAGUUGAGAAAAUUUAAAGAAAAAACACAAACCUACUUAACUUGUCCAGUUAAACGUUGAAAAAACAAAAAAAAGAAAGAAAACAAUUUGAAAAGGUCUAUUAGAAUGAAACAGUAACAAGAUCUCCUCCAGUAAGAACAAAACCAAGCAACGGUUAGGGCGUGGCCUAACCAGGAUGACAAGUCCACCACUCUGACCUCUUGGCCACACUUCCUCCUUUUUGACAACUGAGUAGAACUUGAAAGUUAAGAUAAAGACCAGCCGGUAAACAAAAAAAAAAUGGUGGCGGUCGCUUAUAAAAGGAGCGAUCACUCACGAUCACGUGAACUCUUCGAUUACAGUUCAAAAGGGGUUUCAAAUUCAAGAUGGUGCAUGGUCUUAGCUAGUAGCAAGAGCUAUGGCAAUAGUUGGAAUUGUUGCUUACGAGGGUCGGGUCGCAAGGAGAGCGUCGACUAUAUUUCAUCGUUUUGCGCAAAAUAUCAAGAGCGAUAAAUGGAAUUAUUGAGCAAUUUCCUGCUGGCUUAGAAUUAAUCAUUGUGUAAUUAUAAGCCGUAUGGUGAUGAGCUGAGAUUACGCUUGCAGUAUUAAAAGCUGGACAAUUCACGCGGUGACUCAAACACGCAAUCGCUGUUCGGUCUAUAAUUGUGGUAUAGAUUGGCCUGUUGACUGCCCAAGUAGCGGAUGCAUUCCACGCCUCCUCCGUCAUGUUAAGAUAUCUUUGUUAUUUCCGUCAUUUUUAUCACGAAGGGAAGGAAAAGAAAAUCUUUUUUAAGGGAUGUAAAUAAACAACAGAACAGUUAUCCGAUUUAGUUUCAAAUUUGAUAGAAAGGAGCAGUAAACGGAAGAAAACUAAAAAAGGGAGAAAAGAAGAAGAAGAACAAUUUUUAAUGCUGUUUUUCUGUUAAACCGGGCAACUAUUAGUAACAGCUAAAAAGAAAUCUCGUUUCCUGAUUUCACAGUUGAUCCAAGUAAUUAACUCGAAAAUGAGGAAAAAGAGGAACCUACUGGUGCGAGAAUUUCAGUUAAUCCCUCAAUCCUUGCAUAAUCUCUUACAUGCUUAGCGGCUAUCUUUUGCAGCUCUUUCACAUUUUUUUCGAUCGAAAGCUAGUGGAAUUGACAGGAAUUGACAAUUUUUUCGGCUACGCUGUAGGGAUCAACAACAAAUUGCAACGGUACUCACGGUCUACGUAUUUAUUACCAACGCAAGCGGAUAUCAAAGCUACCCACCCGUAACUUUCUUCAAAUAUUUCUAAUGACUUACUAUGAUCGAGUGAUUUUGUUUAAUACCAUUGACGUUGUUCUUGAAUGUAAAAUUUUGGAGUUCUAGUUUUAAAACGGAGGAAUUUGUUAAGCCAUUUUACUUUUAGGAAAACCUGCUUGCUUAUACCCUCCGAGCAGUCACAGCAAAUACGCGGCGGUGUCAGAACAAAUCGUCCAGCGGUUGUCGUCUGAAUUUAUCGAUUCCCUCCAAAAAAUAUUCAAAACGCAAAAAGGUUGUUUGGUAAAAAUGUCUUAGAAGUCGCUUGGUUUUCCAAUCGUUGGUUUUAUUUUACAAUGCCUGGAAAGGUAAGAAACGUACCUAGGGAAAGGUUAACAUAACUAUUUGUAUUUAAAAUUUUAUUUCUUAAGUUUCAUUGCAAUUCUUCGAAAAUGUCGUCAUAUCGAUGGUUACGUUUGGUUUCAAGAGGGAUCGACCACUGUCAUUUGAACUAUUUGUAAACUAGUUCAUUGCAAAUGUUCAUUCUGGUAGCGUGAAAUCCCAACUCUGGUAUAAUCUAAGAGGUGCUAAAGAAUUAGCGCCUCAGCGGGUUAAAUAAACUUAAUCUAAUCCCUUGCAGAGAGUUCAUGCAUCGCUCGCUUCCUAAAUCACCAGCACCUUGGCGAAAAGUUGUGUCAACACUGUUCUAUUCUACCAUUUGACGACUCAACCAAGUUUUGACCGCAGACUUUAUGUAAUCUUAAAGCUCUUUCAAUAUAAACAAUUUCUUCUACAAAACGAUCUCCAUCAGAAAGUGUUAAACACACACGAGACAUCGAUUAGAGAAAAAUCCUAUUGUUUUCUUUGUGUAAACAAACUUGCUCGAGGCGAAACGGUCGAUGAUUUUUCUUGAUAUUUGCAGGAAAGGGCGCCCAAUUCCUCUUCAGGUUUUAUGGUGACCGAUUUUAUUAUGCCAGCUCGUGAAAAGCCUGUCUCCCAUCCGCCUUGCGAUCCUCCUUUGUGUGAAAGUGUAAGUUGGUAUUAAGUGUUUCAAUGUUCUAGUUCGAAAGGUACGUUUUAAACUUAGGCAAAUUGUUGAAGCUGAUUAAUUUGCCUUUCUUUCUUGAAGUCUUUGUUCAUAUUUAAGGUUUUCUUUAAUAAUUUAUGAGUGAUCAAAUCCACAAGAGAAGAUUCCUCUUUUUCAAUUAGCCCAAUAAAUCGUAAAUUACAAGAAAAUAAUUAAUAGUUGUCACAUUCACGCAAUAAGCCCCUGCACUGAAAUGCUGUAGAUUAUUUCAACCUCUAAGUGUCCAAGUUCUUUAUUGAAGCGCAUAUAUCUUUAACUUUUUUAUUUAAAUGUGAUUUUGUAAACGUCUUAUUUCUCAGAUGAUCAUUGCAAGGAUUCUAAGUCUCACCAACACUCACAGAACCAAAAUCUUACUGUAUUUUAAAUUUUUCUUUCAGUGUAGAAAAUUGGAACUGACAUUUUUUGAUCCAAACUGCCCUGGCUGUCAAGAUAUUCUUUUGGAGUAAGUAAUCUUAACGUAAUAUCCAAAUAGAGCUUGGAAAUGUAAUUUAUGUUCAUUCAGGUUGAUUCAUGAUCAUCUAGAGAGAGAACUUUGAGUAACAAGGGCUUAUUUGCAAAAGGCGAGAUAUGGUAUGCUCUUUAUUUGAGACAUGACUAAGGCGAUGACAUAUUUUGAGUUAUACUCUUAUGCCCUAGCUACUCUCAUGCACUUUUAUCAGCUUAUUGAGAAAAACCCACACUUAUUGAUCAUGGUACAUGUAUGUUUAGCAGCAUUUCUGAUGUGUUAAAUUGGUGUAGCUAUUAACCCAUUCGCUCCUGGAGAUUUUGCCAAAAAACGCGUUUUGAAGCUAGUCGAGUGGUUUUCUGGUCACUGUCGUGCUAUAUUAAAAGAGCUAAAACUUACCACAAACCGGUUUACAGGUCGUACACUUGGCGGCCUUCUGAUCCAGAUGCAAAGAUAUCAGCUUGCGAAGUUCGGGCAUGGGCAGAAAGCAAAAUUUCGAGAUAGUUUUUGGGUUUAAAAGUGACACAGCAGUCUUGACUUUUACUUUUCGCUUUCUCUCCUCCCUUCUUUUUUCGCUUUUCUUGCCUCAUUUUUUUUUCUCUUGCUGGGCAUUUAGUAGGCUUCAUUUUGGUGGAAAGACUUUUUGGGAAAGCUUUUAGGAUCUUAGGAUUAGGUGAAAGGAAAGGUAGGUGGGUAAUGGAACAAGAUUUUCAUGAGGAUUUUCAGGUCCUUGUCACAUGGUUUUUUGCUUCUUUCUCCGGUGUCCUUGACUGAAUUGUGCUCAUUCUGGUAUGGUUUGAAAGAUCUCUUCACUCUGCACAAGUUAGCGAAGAAAGUUGUCCUUGACUGUUAAAACUGAUGACGUCACAAAGGGUAGAAAGGAUCUGGAUCCACACGGGCGGUUACGGGCGGUUCAGGGGUGAAUGGGUUAAAGUGUUUAAAUAAGCAGACACAUUUUCAGUAACAUGCAAAAAUCUUGAGUAGGUUUGGGUGGAAGAAUGACCAAUCCAAAAAAUUAAUAAUAAUUUUAUCAGGAUGAGGAAGUCUGUCACCAUCAAACCUUGACACUAUUUUGCCCUUUAACUUUAAAAGUCUUGAUUUUUAUAGUUAGGGUGUGCUAGAUCACAGUGUCUAGUGUCCCCUGGUGACUUGCAUUUGUCAAUUAUAUGCAGGGCACCAUGGAUUUCCUCAGUUCAUACAACUUCUUGACUCCUUAAAAGUUUGCUUUGAAGGCAGCUUGGUCGAGCAGUUAGAGCGCUGGACUUGUAAUUCAGAGGCCCUGAGUUCAAGUCCUGCCCUGACCGCUAGCUGGAUUUGUUUUCAUUAGUCCCAAGUUCAAAUCCUCAGCCACACUUGUAAAGAAGCCAACUGGAUCAUUCAUCUCCAUCUAGUUGAGAUUUAUAGCAAUGCUACAUGUAUGCUCCAUUUAAAUGAUUAUUAUUUGUUUACAUGUAAUUAUCCGUUAAAAGCCCUAUAAGAGGAGAGGAUAUUUAAAGUAUUAUCAAUUAUUAUUAUCAUUAUUAUUAUUAUUAUUAUUAUUAUUAUUAUUAUUAUUAUAAUGUUGAAAUAUUUUGAAUUUUUAGGCCAAAAACAACUAUUGCAGAAAUUUUUGCUAUUAUGCGUCAAUGGGUUCCACAAGUGCAGCAAAACAUUGAAAUGUUAAUUAGAGAGGUGAGUUCAAGCUAUUUUAGUAAGUAAGUACGGUAACUAAGUAUUUAACAACUUUGUUUUAAGAGGGUAGCACAUAACAGAGGAACCGACAAACUACUGGCCCUUAUGCUAAUCAGAAGCCCAUAACCUGUAGCUAGCAACUCCAAAACUAGGCCUGCAUGUAUGUCAAGGCAUUUUCAAGGAUCAUUUUAUUUUUAUAUUCAUGUUAGAGCACCUUUUCCCAUGCAAGUGUUAGUUUCUCUCUGUCUAUGGGCACCUUCAAAGUAUAAGAUUCAACAAGGAAAACUAAACUUUGUUAAAAAGUCACAAAUACCAUGUGUUCGGCCUGAAAAUUUUAUUGACUGAUUUGUAUAGAUAUUCUAAUUUCUCACAAUUGUUUGAAAAAUAAUCUGGUCAAUGAAAAUGCUGGUGACAUUAGUACAUGAAAGUUGCUGCUCUGUGUUAUGGGCUCCUGCAGGCAUCAACUCCUUGCUUUCAUUAGAUGGCUCCACCUAAGUAUUUUUAAACCAAUAUUGCAUGUACAACUAUUGCAGAAAUUUUUCUCAUAUUAUACAUCAAUGGGCUCCCAGCACUUGAAUAUAUUAUAUAUUUUGUGAAAAAAGUUGGCCCUUGUGGUGGAGAGAAGGAGAACAUUUGAUUUUAUUAAGUUAAGCAUUCAUUGUUUGCACAUUAUAACAAUUAACUUGACUUUUUAUUGUCAAGUCUUUAAUACAUGUGCCAGUGGGUCCAAAUACACACACUGUGGCUAAAUUACAUUUACCCCACUGUAAGCUGAUCCUGGGGUCUUUUAGUUUGUUUUUGUGUGUGUGUGUGUGUGUGUAUGUAUGGCAUCAUGACUGCACAUAACUCUAUGUUGUAUUUUCUCUUCCUUCCUUUUUUGUUACAGCAUAAUGUGAGCAAUGAUGUUAUCUGACUGACCAAAUGAUUAAAAUAAUAAUUAACAAUGAAUGAAUUGGGCUGAGUAUCUUAUGAAGAAUUAUGGAGAUCAAGGAGGGUGUUAUCCAUUGAGGCCGUAGGCCGAGGCGGAUAACACCCUCCAAGGUCUCCCUAAUUCUUCAUGUGAUACAAAAGCCGAAUUCAAUAACUGUUAUUCAUUCAAAAUAAUUCCUGGUUUAAAAACAUAGCUUAAAACGUGCUUACCUCCAUCGAUGUUAAGUUCAUCUUCCAUAGUGCACGUUUAGGGUUGUUCAGCUCCGCAAAUAUUCUCCAAAUAGCAGAUGUCGCGCCCUUUGAGUUGUCUCCCUGCUGUUCAUGGUAUGUUUUUAGCUAUUAUUUCACCUAGUUCUUACUCUUGAAAUAAGUGAAAUGUCUGCCAUUUUUGUUUUCACAACCAAAACAAAUCAACCUUGUCAACAGGUCUUCUUGGUUAAUGAUGAUUUAACCUGCAAGGAAGCUGCACUUUUGACGUCAUCGGUUGAUUAAUUGAAAAAUUUUUCCAAAUUUGGUCAUCAGUAGCUGGUUAUAUAAUGGUGAAUUAUGCAUGUGCUUUUAGCCAAUCAGAAUCGGGGAAAUAUUUUGAAUGAAUAAUAAUAGGAAAUUUAUAAUUGAAGCUGUUGAAUAUAUUAACGUGGUUUGAAUGACAGGUGUUAAGGCGGGGUGCACAUGUUGACGAUCGAGACGGACUUACAGACAUGACACUUCUUCACUAUGCAUGCAAAGCAGGGGCAGGUAAUGUUACUGUACCUUACAAAUUAAAACAGCAUACAGUAAGGUCAAUAUACGUGUAAACCUAAAUAAUUGGAGAGGACUUGUUGGGAGUUGCGCUGUCAUUUUUGGGUGAAAGGUACAGUCAUGUAGGGGUUUGUGAAGUGUGUAAUUAUUGUAGGGUUUUUGCCACCAACUUCCAACAGUUUUAUCAGUUGAUAUUAAAUUAAUAUACUGUCAUUCACUUUAAAAGAAUGACUACAGUCUGCCUUAAAUUUAAAUUAUGCUACUGUUAAGUGACAGAUGCACUUUAAUUGAAUCGACAUGGACUCUGCCUAAAACUCUUUACUUCUCUUGAAAGAAUAAAUAUUAUUGAUGCUUAUGCUUGUGAGAAUAAAGCUUUUUUAGUUAAUUAUUAUAUUCUCUGUCUUUGCUAAUGGUCUCUUUUGAUUUAACCAGGGAUUUAGCUAAGGGAAAGAUAAGCAGGCUUUUUCAUUAGUCAAGCCAGAUUUUUUACUCAACUGCAUCUCUAAAAUCCCCCAUGUUUUUGUUUGCAUUUGAGGUGGUGGUAAGCUCUUUUUCAGCUGGUGAAAUAAGCUGGACACCGGCUCUUAGUGACAUCCCUGGUACCCCAUGCAGUGUUCUACAAUGUUUGGACACUUAAUGUUAUAACAAUUGUAAAAUAUAAUAUAUAUACACUGGCUACUUGAGCCCACUCUCCCAUCCCUAAGAAUAUUAAAUUUCAAGCAAAAUUGGUACAAAUAAGUCUAUUUCAGAGCACAGAACCUGUAACGCUCCCCAGAAUCUUCUGCCAACUUUAAAUGGAUAAUUUAAGUAUUAACGUAAUGUUACUGUUAACAGUAUUUCAAUUUUUUUUUGCUAAUUAAGUGUCCCGUUUUUUUAUUGUAGUCGGUGUUGGUGAUGUCUCUGUUGCAAGUAAUGUUGUCAGCUCAUUAAUCUCAAAGGUACAGUGUAAGAAAAGAAUCUUGCACACAUCAGUAAACCUUUAUUUAACUAGGGUAAUCCCUUCAGAAAUACUUAAAAGUAUAUCUGUUAUCAACAGGAGCACUAAAUUAAGACUAAUAAAAAAGUUUAAAAUAAAAAGUAAGAAACUAAGUAACUAUAAGUUAAUAAUAGUACAGUAUAACAAUUAAAACUAAUUCUUAUUUACUAAAUAAUUAUUAUACACAACUGAGCCUUUAAAAUAAAAACUUUUCUUGGCGGUCUCAGUUCUUACUGCAGGUAAGUAUAUAAAAUUGCUUCUUCUUGUUUCUCUUAAAAUAACUUCCUUAUUCAACUUAAAAUAAUUCUUUAAAAACUGUGGUACAUUAUUAUUUAAACACCUCUUCACUAAACCUAAAAUAUGAAUGUUACAGCGAUCUUCUAAACUCUGAAAUUUAAGAUAGUCGGUGGAUGUGUACCACAUUUACAUUUACCCGCCUUUGCAAAGAUUCAAGACUUUCCAUAUCUGCUUUAUUGCAGCUGUACCAAACAACAUCGCAAUAAUCAAAAAUGGGCAAAAUUAAUGAAUUAUACAUCUCGAAAGCUGCGUGUAUAGUGAUAUUCCUUCUAAGGUGCCCUAAGACACCAACUCUUUUACCAACCUUAGAAAUAACAUAACGAACAUGGUCUUUCCACGUAAGACUAUCGUCAAGAACGAUGCCUAAAUACUUAAAAUCAAAAACUCUAUUAAUUUCAUAAUCACCUAUUUUGAUAAGUACUGUGUCAGUAGCUUUAGAAAGCCUAGCAUCAGUUCCAAAAAUUACAAAUUCUGUUUUUCUUUGGUUGAUAAAAAGAAAAUUACUGAGAGUCCAUUUAUUCACUUCAUCUAGUUCGGCAUUCAAAGUUUCCUCCAAGAUUUUCAGCUCUACUUAAUGCCGGCUGGCUAUGGUUAUGACUUCCAGUAUUGGCAGUUUCAAACCACAUUGGUCAGUAAAAAAUUGUCAAUUUCCUUCAUUUCCUAGCCGUACGAUGUACUUAUUUUUUUUAUCAAUUAUAAAUAGUUACAGCUAGGAGAAAAAAGGAAAUUAUUGAGAAUUAUCGAACUAAAAUGAAAUCAUUUUGAAUUUCACUUUGAUUUCAACAGUACGCAAACAUGGAAAUAAGGUAUUUUUAUUUUAUUUAUUGUUUAUUAUUAUUGAUUUUUUUCUGUUUCUAUUAUUGUUUUGUAGGGUAGUGAUGUCAGCCAGAAGUGUCGUUGGACUGACAUGCUGCCAUUACAUUACGCAGCCUUCUUUGAUGCUGCUCCAAUUCUGAGAGUUUUACUCAAGGCAUCCAGUGCAAGAGGUACAGAAACUUACAGAAAAUUAUGCCUUUCAUUUUGAAUAAAAGACGGCUAUCUGUCACUUGAUGUUCAUGCACAUUAUAUUAUUUCAUAUCAGAUGUUGAUAUCCGGUGUAAGGAAUUUGAUAAUGGUACUUCUCUGCACAUUGCGUCAAGCAAUCUUUGCCUGGAAGGAGCCAAGUGCUUGGUAAGUGAUUUUUUAAAUUCAAAAAGUGUGUUUAGAAACAGAGCACAGCGGUCAAAUGGCCAGUUUUUCCAAAUUCCUACUGGCCAGUGAGCUAUUUCUGUUGGCCAAUAGCUCAGAUGACACCACCGUUUUUGUCGAGCCCUGGUUGAACUAAAAUAUAAGGGGUUAUAUGUUUUAGUAUGAUAGAAUGAUUGAGGUUUUGGUCUUUUGAGUUCCAUAAAGUAGUUUAAUGGCGGAGUGGUCUAUGCCCAAGUAAUGGUACAUUGUUAUUUAAAGUAUAAAAUACACUAUUAUAUACAUAUACAAUUUGCAAUUCUUUGAUGUUGAAUAAUAAACUUAUUUCCUGAUUUUCUUCUUACAAUGGCAAUAGCUUCAACAUGGGGCUGAUGCUUCACUGAGAGACAAGCUUAACAGACUAGCUUUACAGUGUAUUCCUGAUGGUAAGACAAAAAUAAUAAAUGUAAAAACUUAUAUAAAACGUAACAAUAAAAGUAUAUUCAUUUUCGCUUUAAAAUAGUUAUUCUAUUCACGUUUGGUUUUCGUGAAUGGAAUGUUACUUUGAAUGAUGAGUCUAUGUAAACUGAGAUCUGAAAUAGAGUUACUUGUAGAAGAGUAUUAUAUGUAUGACAUGAGGAAAUAUAUUUAGUUAAAUUUGAUUCAGUUCGUAAGCCUGGUGCAAACGGACGCAACAUUGUUGGCCAACAACUCCCAACAUUGUUGGACGUUACGUGUUGCAUCCGUUUGCACACCCUGUUGCGCGCUGUUGGGAGCUUGUUGUGCAAAGUUUGAAACUGGUCAAAUUUUUAGCUACGUGGAAAUGGAUUCAACAACUUCCAACAAUGUUGCGUCCGUUUGUACCGGGCUAUAGUUUCCAAGAGUUACUCAGUCAUGCAACCAAUUUAUUUAGGAGUCUUCACAUGACUAUCCCCAUUUUCUGUCAUUUCAGACUAAAUUUGGUUACUGAAUAAUAAAUUAUCGGUCAACCUUACCCAGAUCUCUUUCGCUCUGGAUUAGGGAGCUUUAGUAACGAUGACGGCGAGGGCAACGAGAAAAUCACAAUUUUAAGCAAUUGGUUUAGAUUGGCAAAACAACAACUUUGCACGUGCAUUACGCUUUUUUGUAUAUUUCUUUUCCGUCACUGAACCACUACAACAUAAAAGUGCCUAAUUUCACGUUUUCUGGAGGAUGUGAACUUCUUUUGCUUUUUCUGAACUUGAUUCAGUCUUUUAGGAUCUAACUCCAUAAACAUUUACCAACAGUCACGAAUUGAGCAAGACGGAAUCUAGGCGCGAUAAAGUUUAAAACAGCGCGAAUUCACUUUGUAAGUGACUGACAUUGAAGUUUAUCGUAGCCUUAAGCUCUCUAUAGUGUUCCACUGCAACUUAACAAAAGAAAAAAAGAAAGCCAAAGUUAAAAUAUCUACACUCUUAUCGACUGGGAAAUGCAAUCAUAAUUAUCAAAACUCAAGUGGAACCAUAAGCCGCAGGCAAGCAGGCGAGUGCAGGUCUCACAGCAAAGUUUUGAACAUUUUUACGUCAUUUCUAUGGUUGAAAAGAAUGUAGGCUGUUGGGAAUUGUUUUCGAUUUGUUUUUUCAGGUUUUGAUAUUGUGAUGUCUAUUUUAUCUUGGAAAAUCGUGUUCGAGGGGUAAAGAAACACAAUCGUUGUGCCAUCAUUUAACAUCAUUGAAAUUACUCUGUUACUGUGGAAAAAACUUUCCCUCACAUGCUCGCAAGUUUAAAACUGUCCGGAGAAUAUUAUGUAUUUGUACCAAUUGUGCUGUGUUUGCGUUGUUUUCCUUCCUAUCAGUAACUUCUUUUGAGCAAGAUUCUGAGCCAGCAAUUGUUGCUGAAAAGAUGACAAGACUUCUUUCAGAAGCAGAGCCACCCAUGAGGACAACACAAGAUCAAGAGGUUGGGUUGUUGUUUUUGUCGUCUUUUUUUUCUUUACUAUUACACAGGACGUCAUGCUCUGUAUAUGUGAAUAGAGUUAGGAAUACAUACGAGAAGUCUGUCCAGAGGGCGCAAAGGAAGUGCAAAAUUUGCCAUCCAUGAGGCACAGAUGAUGAUGAUGAUGAUGAUUGUUAUAAUAAUUAUGACUAUUAUUAUUAUUAUUAUUAUUAUCAUUAUUAUUAUUGUUACUAUUAUUAUCAUUAUUUUCUUCUUUAACUUAAUUUAUAUUAAAAUAAUAAUAAUAAUAAUAAUUAUUAUUAUUGUUGUUUUGAUUGUUAGAAUGAAGUGCCAGCAACUUUGGCUUCUAUGGGUCUUAAAAUUGGUGAUCAAGUAUGCAUUGGCGGGAAUAAGGUAUGUCAACUGGAUUUUCCCCUUGGAAAAGUCUGCUAGUUACAUGUUACACCUGGAAUGAAUCCGCAGUAGAAUUUUUGCUGAAAAAGUCAACUCUUCUUUAACAGUGGGGAAUAUAACAGAAUCCUAAGUUACAACUUGAAUGUAACUAGAUGUUUCUAAAACGACGGAAAUUUUAUUGGAUAAGAAGGCAAUACCACAUCUUUUUACAUCUUCUAGUAAGCGAGUCCUUCUGAUACAAUGGUCGUCUAAUCGUUGUAUUCGCUGUAUGUACUCCGCUACUGACAGUAUGAAAAGAACUUUUAGAAAAAACGUACGUGUUGAUUUACAUAUAUUGUAACCCAAAAAAUUGCAUGCAGUAAACUCUCCCCGAAAAGUAGAUGUGUCCGGACUUCUUCUCAUACAAGUCCUCCUGCAGUUCGACUCUCGUAAGCGACAAUUAACUCUUCACGUUUUGGUUGGCUGGACUGUAUGUAUUAGUAGUUGUACACGGCAGUAUAAAGGACUUUUAGUAGAAAACGGGGCAAUAAUUUGCGAUGGUUCAUCAGAAGAGAAAAAUUAUACAGCAUGAACCAGUGAGUGAGUGGGAAUGAGACCAGAAUAUUGUGAAUGUUUUUGUUUCAGUUUGGGAUCCUUCGUUUCUGUGGCCCGACUGACUUUGCUUCAGGGGUAUGGGCUGGAGUGGAACUGGAAACACCUAUUGGGAAAAAUGACGGCUCAGUUGGAGGAGUCUCGUACUUUGAGUGUUUUCCCAAACAUGGUAAGCUAACAAUGAGAAGCAACUCACAAUAAUUCAAAAUGCAAAAACCUGCAAGCUCCAUAGUAAGUAGACCGUUAAUACGAAGCUUGGUAAGUUUCACAGAAACUUUGGUACUGUAUCAGUGGAGGAGCGAAAUUCUAUCGGCAGAGAUUAAAGGCUGAAUUGGCCACCGUAAUUGAGGUUUAUAAGUAGCCCUCUUAACCUUUCGGCAGACCUCUGUCAAAGAGUGGAGUGUUGGUGUUGUGUGUGGUGUAUUUUAUUCAGUGAUGGAGCUAUGUUAUACUCUGAUUUAGAAACUGUGGUGUAGGCCUGUGAAAAGGCUCUGGCAGGAGAGCGUGGCUGACCGGUUACUGGUCAAGUCGCCCGAAAGUCAUCUCGCGUCGCCACAAGUCAGCUUGUUUCGAAGUUAUGUCGCCCGAACGCCGAGGUUUACUUACUCUUAUAUACAAAUCAACGAAGCCACUUCGCACCUUUAAAAAAGUGUAUUUAUCGUUCCUAAAGCUUGAAAAAAGGUAGGUCAACAUAACUUCGAGCGUUGUUGGGGCGAUGUGACUUAUGGACGACUUGACCUUGUUUGCACGUCUGGUUGGCGGUAACUUAGCCCACCGUAAGUAAUUUAUACCCCUAAAAAUUCAACGGCAGGAAAACUCGCCUAUAUUUGACCAGUUGAGCCAAUUAAAAUCACCGCCAUAAAUUUAAAAGCCGUUUCCGCCAUAAGGUCUCUAUUAAACAACCUGUUCUUUUAGCUAAUCAGUAAAGAAAACCAUAUGUACUUCAUCAGGAAUCUUCGCACCUUUAUCUAAAAUCACCAAAGCAGACUCCUCACCAGGCUCCCGUCCCAGCUCUCGUCCCACUUCAGCCUCUCGUUCACAGGCUUCGUCGAGGUCCAGUUCAAGGCCAAACUCGAGAUCAAGCUCUCGCGCAAACUCACCGACCCCCUCUUCGCGGAUGAAUGGAGGUGACGAGUCUCUUGGUUUUCAAGUAAGUGGUCAAAGUUUAGUUACCUACUAACCUGAACAACACUUUUGAAGCCUGUGACAGUAACGCAGUAACGUAGAUUACUGUUAAAUACGCCCAUUGCAAGCCUUGCUUUUGACAGACCUCAGUGUUGCGGUCAGCAAUUAUUAUUUAAAAAAAAAAAAAAAGAAGCUAGAAAAUUAGCUGGAUUUUGCUAACCUGCGUUAAGGCUCUAUUUUCUUGCAUGAAUUGGGUUUGGUUACAGAUUAGGGUUUGUGAAACCUGAAUUCUUUUCUGAAAAUAAGAAAAAACAGUUUCUGAGCAAAUUAAACAUCCCCGAGGUGAGUUCAAAAGGGUCGUUAUUUUUUUUUUCUCAAAUACAUGUACAAUAAACCGUUUAAGGCUACUUUACUUCGGUUUCAGGUUAAGAAACAAAGAAAAUGAACCUAUAUCGCCGCCUACUGGUAAAUGUGCUUUGGAGAUGGCUUUUUAAAAUCUCAAUACAACUGAUACAAGAUUUUAAACAAGCAACUGACACCAACAGCAGUACAUGAAAUACUUUUCUCCAGAUUCUUGAGUCAAAUCCAGCACAUUUUUAGCCUGAGAAAGUGGCCGACAUUUCGCGACGCCACCACUGGUUUCCCCGCGAAAUGACGUCUGAGAAACGAAGAAGGCACAAAUUUCAAACUGAUGACGUGUCACUGCCGAGGUCAGAGUAGUGCUUCUGAUUGGUUGUGCCGCGAAAGAAAUUUGCUUCAACCAAUAAGAAGCACCACUCAGGUCUGGGUAGUAACACGUCAUCAGUAUGGAAUUUUGGGCUUGUUACUCGGACGUCAUUUCGCGGGAACACCAGAGGAAGAGUCGUGAAAAGCAGGUUGUUUUGUCAGGUGUGCUAACCUGACAAAACAGCCGGCUUUUCAAGUGUCGUGACGGCAACCACAUCUGAAUCUUCACAGCACUCAACCCGGCACUGGAUCGUCUGCUGAUCUAGUCUUACUGUGGAUUUAAUUUUUUUUUUUGCAGACAGGCGAUAGUGUGAUGGUUGCUGGCCAGAAAACCGGAACUGUAAGGUUCGUUGGAAGGACGCAGUUUGCAUCAGGGUGAGUCUUGUGAAUAGCACUCGAGGAAGAGAUAUCCUACCUUCCCCAUCUCCAUUGAAGACAAUAGUGAGACCCGUUCCUUUUUUUUCAUGUUUGUGUAAGCCGGAUCAGUUAGUGAAUAGCCAUCACCCUGAUGAUAAGUAAACCAUCAAAGUUAUAGUUCCAUCAAGUCGCGAAAAUUACACACGUGGGCCCCCCACCCAGUCUCCUUCCGAUCCGCUCGGGCCAGAGUUACUCAUUACUCGGGCCCGAGCGGCUGCGAAGGAGACUAACCUCUCCACACCUACCCACCACCACACUACAGACAUCACGUCUGUACGACUUUGCAGAAGGUGUAUCUUCGUAAGUUUUUCGCAAAAAACUCUCAAAUUGGCAGCUUUACUGGUAUUUAGGCGCCCUCUCCAGCGGUGUCGAUAGACAUGACACGGAAGAGUUGAAAAAAAGAUCCUUGAAAGGGUCAAUUUAGAGAGGGAACAUUUAGAAUUGGUAAUAAGUUUGUGCCUUGUAAUUGUCAGUACAUCCUAAUUGUGCCUUGAAACUAAAACUGGUGUUAUUACUCAUGCCAAGUUAGACACCAGGGCCCUGUUGUUCAAACGUUGGAUAGCACUAUGCACCGGAUAAAUCACUAUCCAACGGAAAAGUAUUUGAGAAAACAAUUGCGUGAUGCACUGGAUAGAGAUCUAUCCGGUGGAUAGCGUUAUCCACGUUUUGAACAACUGAAGCCAGGAAUUUCACAAUCAGCCAUCAGAAUUUAAAACAAUUUCAAGUACAUGCGCCCGUCCUCCCAGCUCCGCUGCGUUUCAGGCUGGCGUGGCCUUUUUUCUCGCACAGAGUCUUGUAAUGUAGCCAGAAUUGUCUAAGCUUUUACUCCUGAUUCGUUGUGACUUUUUAACCGACAAAAAGAAGUAGUACGUAUUUCAGAGAGCUGUGUUUAAUUGAGUAGCUUUUAAGGGUUAGUGUCUCGAUGUUCCAGUUCCCUUUGUUUAGUUUCUUUGCUUUGCCAAGGUAAAAUACAUAAUAAUUAAAUAAUGCAAGAAUGGCAAACUUGCAAGGAAGCCCAGAAGAAACAGAGAGACUUUAUAGUCACGGAAAACAAGAAGAAACGUCCAGCCCGUCUGACAUUAAAACGUGAGACAGUCAUGAAUGGCUUUCGAAAUUCAAUAGCUAACCGCCUUGUUGUCGGUAUUUCUUGUUUUUUAGUGUGUGGCUUGGUAUUGAGCUUGACCAACCGGUCGGAAAAAACGACGGAGCGGUUUCAGGCGUUCGAUACUUUGACUGUAAACCGAGCCACGGAGUGUUUGCUCCUCCAUCAAAAGUCAAUAAGUAAGUCAUUCAUAAUCUUACCACCAAGGUGUAAUAUUUUCUUGUUAAGGUGAAUAGCCGUCCAACAGGUGAAAAGCGCCACUGAAGCUAGUGAACGUUACCAAGUAACUCACGUAAUAAUUCACUUAUUCAUAAUUCACGUUAUUCUUCAGAGUUGGAGACCAGUCACAUCGUGGCGAUCACAAUGGUUUUGUCGUCCCAUCGGCCCCUGCUGGUAAGAUCAGAUCUAGCUCCCAGAGCUCCUUGCAAGCCUCGGGAUCUCAUGGCUCCUUAAGUGACUUAUCACAAACUGAUUCCAACCCUGACCUUAACGGCAGUGCCAGGAAAUGGUCGACCAAUUCUUCUCCGGAUCAUUCAUUGAGACGAGGCAGCGCGUCAUCUGAUAGGUACAUUGUUAUAGAAGUUGUGGUUUCGACAGAGCACAAUCUGAAUCUAAUUGACGAGUUUAUGAAUACCGUCGGUUGCAUCUAAGCGUGUACACGUGAGGAAAAACAUGUUUUGCCGCCAAACAUUCGAAGUUUGGAGUAGAAGGCGGCUGUUGUCGACUGGAUUUGUUUUCGCUCAACAAUAUUGGCUACGUUUAGAAUCGGGAUUUAAAAGCUAUAGAGAACUGUAGAAUCUGAAAUCUUAAUAUAAAGAGAAUAGUUUUGUGUGCACUUUACGCCUGAAAGCUUAAGCUUGUUAUUUUUUGUUAUUUGUUAUUUUUGGCAAUUUUUACUCUCAGAAGCGGCUCAACAUUGCGUAGAGGAAGUUUGCCUCAACAGAAAGGAAAGUCGUCAGCAGAAUUUCAGCUUACAGAGGUUGGUAUCAAGGUUUCGCUUACGGUGGUUAUUCAUUAACAGACUGAAGUUUAUCAUUAUGGCGUAAUCAGAGCUCGAAAAUGCUCAGCCAGCGAACAAGUUUUCCAUAUAUGGCAAGCGAAGCGAGCUAAGAGACAACGCGCGAGCGAGUGACUCGCGACUUCUCCAAUAUCGUGACUCUCCCAAAUGAAGAUGUUGCUCGCUGGCUAGAAUAGGGUUUAGCUCGUUUACUAGGCGCUUUUUGGGAACUGGGUCUGCGGUCCUCUCCCCGCUCCCCUCAGGAAAAAUCGGAGAAGAGGCCCUUCUCCCAGUUUUCCUAAGGGAAAGGGGUCUGUACACAGGCUACUGAAAUUAAGUCUUAAAUAAUCCCGUCUGUUUCUCCGGGACCAGUUGUGACUGUUCAUACUCACUUGUGUAUUGACAAUUGCCCAUAAUUCGUCGUUUAACUAAAUCAUCAAAAAUUAAACUAAGAAAAUUGUUUGUUUCCUUUUCACGAAAAAAUUUUUUUUUUCAGAGACGUAAACCGGCUGCGUCAUGAAUAUCAUGGAAAACUUAAAGUAUCUCUCUGCGAUUUUUCGUCCGUUUCCUGUCGCGAUAACCUAAAGUGCUGAGUAAACGUUACUCGGCAGUGUUGAGUAAUUGUUUUAUAUUACUGUGUAUUUAGUUUUUGUUGCUUUGUGCCAACAGGGCCUCAGCGUACUUGUAAAUAGUGAGCUUGGCGUUAUUCGGUACAUUGGAUUAACGGAAUUCGCAGAAGGAAUCUGGUUGGGCGUAGAAAUGAGAAAACCAGGUAAUAGACUGAAGUAGACUACGAGCAAUCGGUUAUUUUUAUUUAUCACAUGACAGAUACAGCCUCAUUUCUCGAAACCUCAGAAAAUUCGAACCAAACCUUACUUCCCCUGACCAGUAACACACUGUAAUUUUAACCCCCAUUUUUCGAACAUCCCGACAAUUCACUAGUAGUCCAGUUUGUUUUUCCAAAGGUGUUUGAAAAAUUGGAAUUCCAUUGUAGUUAAGAAAGAGCAAAACAGCCGCGAAAAGUCCGGCCUCUUCAUCCCGCGAUCCGUAUCCUCUCGGCGCGAGUACCUUGUAAAGCUGGUCCCAAAGUUGGUAAAUGAAAAAAGAGGCGGUGUUUCUAUCAGAGUUGAUCAGCAAAAUGAAACGCAAAUGUGACUUGGUUGAACUGUGUAUGCGGGACUAUCUUCCUGUCGCAGUCCACUUAACAUACUUCGUACUUAGGUUCUGGAUUUUGCCACACCCAUACCCGCGAACUCGGAACAAUGGUCAGUCUACCAGUCUCAAUUGACCCUGUAAGCCCCAAUAUCAACAUGCAUAUUCUCCUCACUGUUUGUUAUACAUUCCUUAUGGUAUUGCUGGAGAGAAUUUGCUCAAACCUCAAGACAUUUCACCCUUGGUGAUCACUUCCUUCAUUGUCGUGACCUGUAUGUUUGCUGAGGCAGGGUUAAUUAUUGGGAAAAUUUGUGUGAUGAUCAUCGCUGUCGAGUCAGUACUUUCAUAUCGGAUGUGGUGCAUUAUGCUAACAAUCCUGAGACCGACUCGGUAACGCACUUUUAGCAAUCUCGUAUGACUGCUGUAAUGUAGCUAACUGAAAAUUGUUGUUUUUACAGUUGGGAAAAACGAUGGAUCUGUUAACGGCAAAAAGUACUUUCAUUGGUGAGAAGCUUCCACAUAAUUCUUUUUAAGUUGUUGUUGCUGUUCCCUUUAUUUUCUAAAUUAAAGUUUUCCUUUCUUUGGCUCAUUUUGAUUUUGCACUGACUGAUACACGGCGUCCUAGUGGUCAGUGCUUUGGAAUCCGGAUCGAGACUAGAGUUGUGUAGUCAUGGGCAAAACACUUUACCAAUCAUUCUGUCAAUAUAAUCUGUCAAUCAAUCAUUCUGUCAAUAUAGUUAACGUAACAUUGAUAUCGUUAACAUUUUUUUUUCCAGCAAACCUCAACAUGGCCUCAUGGUUCGACCAAGUCGAGUCACUUGUAGAGGAAUUAAUUGCGCCAAGUUAAUAAACGAGGUGGAAUCGUAAUUUAAUGAAUGAUAUAACUGGAAAGAGGUACGUUCUAUUACGGGAAAUCGCGAAAGGUCCUGAAGAUCAUCCCUGUUGUCCCGAAAGAUUGAGAACAUGCGUCUUUAAGCUUGGCAACAACUGGAGAACCACUGUGCUGGAUAAAAUUCUCCCUCGGCAGCAAACAUCCAAUCGAAUUUAAGCUUGGACAAUGUCUCAUAAAAAGCAAACUUGGGCGCUGAUAGAUGACAAUGAAAGAAUUGGCUAGGAGUAUUCAAGAAAGCAGCGUCAAAAAAAAUCAGAGUCUUCUUUCUGUCUUCCAUAUCGUUUUACAGUCUUUUUAUUUACGUUUAGUUAUAAGAACAGAUAGUUCCCUUAAUGUUCGAAGAUACCACCUCUUUUUGCCAUUAGGGCACUAUCAACAUACUCGAAAUCAAAAUUUUAUUUUUUAACUGUUCCUUUUUAUCGCCUAAAUCACAGUCUUAGCUAGACUGUGAGCGGUGAAGAGAAAAAUUCUACCCUAACCUUUUGCUCGCUUUUCACUUAAUAAGGUAUACGAAAUGGGCGACGAGGUCUUUCUUAGCCAGCGUAGGUAGCUGGCGGGUUUUUUUUUUUUUGUGGUUCGUAAAGUAAGAGAUACAGCCGUGCGAAAGCUGAACCGAAGUCGAGCCAGAAAACGACGAACCAAAAACGAAAAUCACGGCAAAACCGCCAGCUCCGGGGGCUCCGACGUUCUGUGCAAUUUUUUAUGUCAGUUUUAACAAAGUCAGUAACUAUUCCACGAACCGCAUUUUCGGUUUACGACAGGGGUGUACCCAGUGUUUUUACCAGGGAGAGUUCUAACCCUCCGAAAUUAGCCACCCAAAAAAGUUUAGUCAUUUCGAUGUUGUGAUUUUAAGACAAUUGAUAAAACAGACCAUGGUGUGAUAGUGCGCUGUUAUACUGCAGACAUUUCGCGGGCCCAUACACUUGUGUCAGUUAAAACUAUAGAGCAGCUGUGGUGGCACUUUCAUUGACCUUUGAAAACCUUAGAGUACCACUUUUAUACAUAGAAAAAAAAGGAGUGGAGGGGUUCCGAGACUCCGAAACCCCAACAACCCCUUCCUUGGGUCCAUCCUUGCAAGAGUGUAACAGUUUGUAAGAGUAUAUCAGGAUUCGUUCACGUCAUCAAAACCUGUGAAUUAUAGCAGUCUGUUUUAAGGCCUUGAAAAUACCUGAAGUUAGUGUUUGGUCCUUAAAAAAGUCCUUGAUUAUUUUACUAUAGAACAAAUCAAUUAUGAACACUUUAGUUACCGUAAAAUUCCGAAAAUAAGUCCCUCCAUGUAUAGGCCCCUCCAAAUAUAAGCCCCCCAAACUCGUAACGCAAAAAACCCUCCAUUAAAUCGCCCCUCCAAAUAUAAGCUCCCCGGGGGCUUGUACUUGGAAAUUGCCCUCGAAUUCUAAGGAAAACAAAGCAAAAACGGUAAAUUUCCUUCUAACUAUAAGGCUAGCCCAAUUGAUUUUGAAACGCAAAUUUCCCUCCAUAGAUAAACCCCUCCGAAUUUAAGCCCCUCCAAAAAUAAGCCCCUCAAAAAGGGCCUUUGAAAAAUGUAACCCCGGGGCUUAUUUUCGGAAUUUUACGGUAGUUUAAAAGUACAGAGUGCAAUUGCAGACAGAAUAAAUGCUGUAAGUGCUUUGUCCCUCGCACAUGUGCAUUGACAUAGAGCCACAAGAUCACUGCGUAUGUCCUUGUUUUCAUAUUUCAAGCUCUCGCUUUCAGCGUUUGUGCAUUAACUCUCUAAACAAUAGCCCCAGAAACCUCCAAUAAAAGUCCCGGCCUGACAAAAAGGUUCACGAACCCUGUAUAUAGGUUGUAACGACGCUGUAAGAAAUUUCCUUUGCGCAAUGCUAUUUUUAAGUGUAAAUUUGAAAACUUAAAAU